ACCAGAACUGCAAGCAAAACGAUCCCUCACUUCCAAAAAUGGCCGUUACGUAAACUACACACCCCGAUCAAAAUACACGUCACCUUGGUUGCUACUCUCUGUAAAACCACCUCAGAUUCCAGCUACCAAGCCUUCAUUUAAUUCUCAGUUAAACCCUAUUUCACCACUGUAUGCCUACUAUACAUAUAUAUACACCUUAAUUUCACAAAUCUAAUACCACACAAAAUGCUCUUCUCCAUCUUCUUAUUGCUUUUCCUACCCUGCGUAGGCAUGAGCGCUGUGUUCGUGGUCUACAUCUGUCUCUUAUGGUUCGCCGCUAAUACUAGGUCGUCGGCAGAGCCUCGGUUACCGGUCAAGCGGGUUUCCGAGAAGGGCUUGUCGGCCUCUGAUCUCGACAAGUUGCCGAAAACUAGCGGCAAAGAGCUGACCAGGGGGACGGAGUGCGCGGUGUGCCUGGAGGAGAUCGAGGCAGAGCAACUGGCUCGGGUGGUUCCAGGUUGUAACCACGGCUUCCAUCUCCAAUGCGCCGAUACCUGGCUUUCUAUGCAGUCAUUCUGUCCGGUUUGUAGAGCCAAACUCCAACCUCAGCAGUUUCUCACUUCCUCUGAUGAAAAUCCAUGCUAGCUAAAUUACAUGACGGCUAGUUCAGAGAGAAGGAAAAGCAUUUAUAAUUAAGCUACCAGUAUAUAUUAGUGUCAGCUGUCAGAUGUAGAACAAUGCUAUAAUUUAUUAGGGCUUUGAUAUCAUGUAUGAUUUCGGUUUUUCACUAUCUGAUUAAAAUCAUCGAA